AAUCAGUGAGCUCGUCUGUGCCUUGUGUAUAUAAGGAUCCUAGACAGAAGAGAAACGCAUACCUGCAACUUCAUUGAAGCGUAACCUCUUGCUUUGUUCCUGAAAAGAAAUGGACUUCCAUAUGCUGGCCCUUGUGGUGGUGCUCCUGGCGGGUCUGGAGCAGAGUUGGGGUGCCUCCUGUGUGGUGGACAGCUUCAAUGUCAAGGAAGACUUUGAACCCAAGAGAUACGCAGGGAAGUGGUACGCUCUGCAGAAGAAGGACCCUGAGGGACUGUUCCUCCAGGACAACAUCUCAGCUGAGUACACCAUCGGUGACGACGGCUCCAUGGUCGCCGCCUCCAAGGGACGUGUCACACUUUUUGGAUUCUGGGUUGUGUGCGCUGACAUGGCUGCCCAGUACACUGUGCCAGACUCCACCACCCCUGGAAAGAUGUUCAUGAACUACCAGGGCCUGGCCAGCUAUCUGUCCAGUGGAGGUGACAACUACUGGGUGAUUGACACCGACUAUGACAACUAUGCCAUCACAUAUGCCUGCCGUACCCUGAAGGAUGAUGGAAGCUGUGAGGAUGGCUACUCCCUGAUAUUCUCCCGUAACCCCCGUGGCCUGCCACCAGCCAUCCAGAGGAGCAUUCGCGCCAAGCAGGAAGAGAUCUGCAUGGCUGGACAAUUUGAGCCCGUGCUGCAGUCUGGAGCUUGCUGAAUGUCUACUAUGAAGGAACUGCUGCCAAGGGAUCCCUACAACGUGCUGGCUUGGACAGAGAUAUUUACUGAUGACUGAAGAGGGAAAUCGCAUAAGAUUUUUUUAUAUAAAAAUUAUAUUAUGCCCCUCAUGUACAGUACCAGUCAAAAGUUUGGACACCUACUUUAUUUUCUACAUUGUAGAAGACAUCAAAACUAUGAAAUAACACAUAUGGAAUCAUAUAGUAACCAAAAAUGUUAAACAAAUCAAAAUAUAUUGAAUGGAAAAGCAUUCCAAGUGAAGCUGGUUGAGAGAAUGCCAAGUGUGCAAAGCUGUCGAAGGUUAAAUGUAGCAACUUUGAAGAAUCUAAAAUCUUUAGAAAUUUUUAACACUUUUUUGGUUAUAAAAUGAUUCCAUAAGUGUUCUUUCAUAGUUUGCCUUCACUAUUAUUCUACAAUGUAAAAAUGUAGUAGGUGUCAACAUUUGAGUGGUACUGUAUAUAAAAGUAAUUGUACAUUUGAGCAUGACGCCUGCACCAAUCCAAUGGAGGUAGACUCUACAUCACAGAAAUACCUAUAUGAAUAGUAACACCACUAUGUUAUUGCUCAUUCACUGUUCAUCAGUUUGUGUUGGCAACAAUAGAGUUUAAAGAAACUUAGUUGGCUUGGUGAGUACAU